AAACGGCCAUUUCCUUUUUGGCUCUUUCCCUUCCCGCAACCCAGUCAGAAGAGCAGCUCCAUCUCCACCUCCACCUCCACCUCCACCUCCAUCUCCAGCAGCUCCAAUGGAUUCUCGGGACGCUAACUCCUCGGAGACGACGAAUGUCCCUGUGAAUCCUUCUUCUGAUUCUGUCUUCUCCCAUGUCCCUCGAGCUCCGGAAAUCCCUAUCUAUGCGGUGAUGACGGCAUGCAGCAAAGAUCCCAGUCCGCUGAAGUUGAACUUGGGUAUGGGUGUUUAUCGCACAGAGGAUGGCAAGCCUCUUCUUUUGAAUGUGGUUAGGCGGGCAGAGGAGAUUCUGGUGAAUGACAGGACAGCCGUCAAGGAAUAUUUACCUAUCACUGGACUUCCAGAAUUCAACAAAUUAAGUUCUAUUCUCAUUUUUGGUGCAGACAGCCCCGCUAUAAAAGAGAACAGGGUGACUACAGUUCAGUGUUUGUCGGGUACUGGCUCCCUUCGAAUUGGAGCCGACUUCUUAGCAAAACACUAUCACCAGGAUGUAGUGUACAUUCCGGAACCAACUUAUUCCAACCACCCGAAUUUCUUCAUUGCAGCAGGCCUUACUUUGAGGAAAUAUCGCUACUAUAAUCCACAAACCCAAGGACUGGACUUUCAAUGUCUUUUAGAAGACCUUGGGUCUGCUCCAUCUGGAGCUACAGUUCUUUUCCAUGCGUGUGCUCAUAACCCGACUGGUGUUGACCCAACCUUGGAGCAGUGGGAGGAGAUCAGACGACUUAUCAGAUGUAAAGGGUUGUUCCCGUUCUUUGAUUGUGCUUACCAGGGUUUUGUUAGUGGAAACCUAGAGGAAGAUGCACAUUCUGUUCGCAUGUUUGUCGCUGAUGGUGGUGAGUGCAUCGUGGUUCAGUCCUUCUCGAAGAACAUGGUGCUAUAUGGGGAACGUGUUGGUGCCUUGAGCAUAGUCUGUAAGAAUGCUGAUGUGGCAAGCCGAUCUGAGAGCCAGCUGAAACUGCUGAUCCGGCCAAUGUACUCAAGCCCGCCAAUUCAUGGUGCAGCCAUUGCAGUCAGCAUCAUGAAGAACAGGGAGAUGUAUGAUGAAUGGACCAUUGAGUUGAAGGCAAUGAGAAACCGGUUAAUGAGCACGAGGCAGCAAUUAUAUGAAGCUCUACUCCAAAGAGGCACUCCAGGUGACUGGAGCCACAUAAUCAAGCAUGUAGGCUUGUUUACAUAUUCAGGACUAAGUGAAGAGCAAGUUGCUUUUAUGACCCGAGAGUACCAUAUCUACAUGCCUGCUAAUGGGAGGAUGAACAUGGCUGGUCUGAGUUUGAAAACAGUUCCACAUCUUGUAGAUGCCAUACAUGCUGCUGUCCCUAUGAGUACAUCCAAGUAGCCCUAAGAAGAAUUCCAUCUCUCUCGUGCAAUCAACACAUAUAUGCUGCAGCUGCAUUAAUUAUAUGUAGAACAGUUAUUACUAUUAUUUCUCGGAAGAGAAAAUAAGCUGUGUAGUACUGAAUUGCCUACAUGUGGAUGUCAUGAACUUCUACAAGGUGACCAAAGUACUACUGCAUGUAUAAAUUCUUCUUUUCUAAGUGACUAA